AGUUGAGAAUUUGACGUUGAAGUGAAUGGUAAAAAAAAGAAUCGCUUCCAGUGCGACAAAAUCCAAAGAUCGCGGGAAGCAAGAAUAUAAAUAAAGAUCUCUCGUUAGCAUUUUCGUGGGUGGAACACAAAAAAAAUCAAAUAAAAAAGUUAAAUUAAAGUGAAUGAAAGGUGUCGAAUAGGGAGAAACCCAAAAAGAGAGAACGAGACCGAAUGAAACACGUGCAACUUGAAUAACUGUCAAACAGAUUGCCGUAUAUGACUCAAAAAUAAACCAAGUGAUAAGCCGACGAUAAAUCUAUACAUAUUUACCAUCAAAAUGACCACAACCAAAGAUCCAAAAGGAAAAGGAGGAACUGAAACGCAGGAGAAAAGUAAUGGCGGCAUGGCUGGUGGCAUAAUGAAACGUCUAAGACGGUCUGCCUCUGCCACCGAGCAUAAUUUGAGCAGCUUAAGAAAUCGCAAAUCCACUCAGAACUUAUUCGACCAACAUGGCAAUCCAAUUGAUUUACGUCAAUAUCGUAAAGUUUUGGAUAAAGAUGAGAAUGGUAAUGGCACAUCGAAUGGUAAUUCCGAGAAGAAAAUGCGCUACAGACGGACACAAAGUGUAACCAGAGCUGAAGAGAUCUCCACAAAGGAGGAGAAACAGCGCAAGGCUCAACCAGGUAGACCUAUUCAUCGACCCCGCGAUUCAUUGUUCUCAUGGAGUUCCGGCUUUACGAACUUCUCGGGCCUCGUGAAUUGGGGUUUUUUGCUACUCUGCAUUGGAGGUCUGCGUUUGGGACUGGAAAACUUACUAAAAUAUGGCAUACGGAUAAAUCCCCUGGAUUGGUUUUUCUUUUUAAGCGGUCGCAAUGAGGGCGAGGGACACAAUGCCCUCAUACUGAUUACAUACUCUUUGGUUCACAUUUCAUUGUGUUUGGCUGUGGAAAAGGGUCUCGCUAUGGAAAUCAUUUCCGAGGCUCUUGGCAUGUUUAUACAAAUCGUUAACAUAAUUGUCGUAGUAUGUUUGCCUGUAGUAAUUAUUCAUCUCAAAGGACAUGCCUUCAGUUUAAUGGGAGCCAUGACAGUUUGUUUCUAUUUUUCGGUACUAUUCUUAAAACUUUGGUCUUAUGUCCAAACAAAUAUGUGGUGCCGUCAAACUUACUAUCAGAAAAAUCCACGUGAACGUCGUCCCAGCAUUACCUUAGCUGAAUUAAAGAAUGGACAUUUGGGUGAUGGUGAAGACGAUGAGGCCAUUCCCAAAUUGGUGCAAUAUCCUGAUAAUUUAAGUUAUCGCGAUCUAUUGUACUUUUUGUGUGCUCCUACAUUAUGCUAUGAAUUGAAUUUCCCAAAAACAACAAGAGUUCGCAAGCGUUUCCUGCUCAAACGUUUGAUGGAAGUGAUCAUUGGCGUAAAUAUGGUAAUGGCAUUGUUCCAACAAUGGAUUAUUCCAUCGGUGAGGAAUUCCUUGAUACCCUUCUCCAAUAUGGAUGUGGCUUUGGCCACUGAAAGACUCUUAAAGCUUGCGCUACCCAAUCAUUUGUGCUGGCUGUGCUUUUUCUAUUUAAUGUUCCAUUCGUUUUUGAAUGCCGCUGGCGAGAUGCUUAAUUUUGCUGAUCGCAACUUUUAUUGUGAUUGGUGGAAUGCCAAUAAUAUUGAUACAUUUUGGCGUACCUGGAAUAUGCCAGUCCACCGUUGGUGUGUGAGACAUCUAUAUAUUCCAGUAGUUCAAAUGGGUUAUUCGUCUAGACAGGCAUCCACCAUUGUUUUCCUUUUCAGUGCCUUUUUCCAUGAAUAUUUGGUAUCUGUGCCAUUGCAAACGUACAAAAUCUGGGCCUUUUUGGGCAUGAUGGGUCAAAUUCCAUUAUCGGCCAUUUCCAAAUAUGUUGAACGUAAUUUGGGUCCUCGCAUGGGCAAUAUUAUUGUCUGGGCUUCGAUUAUUUUGGGUCAACCAUUGUGUAUAAUGAUGUAUUACCAUGACUAUGUGGUUACACAUUUCCAAAAUUCCCUCAAUUCUACUACUGACUAUCAGAGUUAAACUAUUUCCAUCACUUUCAACCAAUUUUUUAUAACUUCCCUUCACUCUAUUAGAAUUUAGUUGCCCUAAAAUGCAAGCAAAACUUGUGAUUGCCAAUAUCAAAAACAAACACCAACAACAAAAAUUGUUAUAACAUGCAUUUGUUAAUGAAUUUAAGAAGAAAUUGUAAAUAUAUAUUUGUACAA